CCUCUCCGUGAGUCUGUCCGGCAGGUGUAGAGAUAUGCUCAGGUAUUACAGAGCGCGACGCGCCCUCUACAAGCAGAUGCGAAGUCUCGACUGAAGAUUCGUGUUAGAAAAAGAAUGAGGUUUGUUUUCCUGGACACAGCUCGCGUCUCUGUUUUAAUUCUUCUGAUACUGCAAGCUUCGCUUAACAGUGAGAGUAAAGGCCCGAGGUGGUAUCUGGGCUGCUACGAAGGCAGUUCUCUUGGAUUCCCUGAUGGAUGGCAUCAGACGCUCACUGACAGAGAGCCAGACCCUGCCUUUUGCUCAAAGCUAUGUUUUGACAGGGGAUAUCAGAUGGCUGCCUUAUCUGGGCAGAUGUGCUCCUGCCCCCGGACUGGUGCUGCCUCUCUCGAUCAGCCACUCAACAGCACAGUUCGUUUCAGUGACACCCCUGGAAAUAGCACCAGGGGCUGCUCGGCUCACUCCAGCGAAUCCUGCAUGAAUGCCAGCCUGCCUGAGCAGGAAAACGCCCCAGCGUCUGAAACCUGUCUUGACAGGUGUGAUGGCCGGCUGUGUCUGUCCUUUGGGACCCAGGGGAAGAGCUAUGCUGUCUACAGCACCCUGGGACCGUACAUCCGGAACGUCAGCCUGACGCUGGGAGGAGAGAGUGUGUGGGCAGGAAGGCCUUUCACGCUCGAGGUGUCUGGGUAUCUGGCUCAUUCUUGGCGACAGCCUCUAGGUAUCCCAGAUCUGAGGCCUGACAACCUCUCUUCGGUUCAGCUUGUGAUCAGAUGGACUCCUUACUUUCAGAGCUCUCGGAGUGUCGCUGUUCUGGAAAAUGGUUUUUUCUCCUGCUCCUCUGUCUGGACAUUUCAAGAGCCUGGAAUCUAUAACAUAAGUGUGACUGUCAGCAACGCAGUUUCGCAGGAGUCUGGGAAUGUCUCCGUCCUCACCCUGGUCCCUGAGCCUUCUGCUCUGGAAGUGACAGUGGUGCAGAGACCUCAAGACGUCCCGUCCUGUGUCCCGUUCCCAGUGAGAGGCACCGAAUUCCUGGAGAAGGUCUUCCUGGGACGCACUUCUACUUUUAAAGCCUUUGUAGCAAUGGGAGAGGAUUUGGAAUUUUCCUGGCAGUUCAGUGAUGACGACUCCACACACCAUUCAGGCAGUGAUUGUGACACUCCCUCUGACUGCUUAACUAGCACUGUGAACCAUACAUUUGAAAAAGAAGGGAUUUACCAAAUCAUUGUGAAUGUUUCAAAUGCCUAUAACUGGAUGCGGAGAGUCAUCAGCGUGGCCGUUGUUCCUCAGGUCCUCUCUAACCUCACCCUGGUGUCCAGGAGCGGCUACGCGGUGGCAGUGGGUCAGGAGGUCACUCUGGAGGUGGGGCUCUUCACCACAGUCCGCCCACUCCUGCGUCUCCGUGCCAGCCUGCGGGCCGGCGUCUCCCACGCGCGCCAGCUGGGGCACAGCUCCAGGCGUCCGCCGUGGGCGGAGGCUCCCGUCUGGCCCGGCUGCCAGCUCCACGCCCAGGUCGUGCACCGGUACGGCGCAGCGGGCAGCUUCCGGGCCUCGGCGGAGGUGUCCUCCCAGGAGGCCACGGGCCGCGCCGUGUUGCCUCGGCCGGUGCACGUCUACGAGCCCAUUCAGGAGGUCCGGCCCUCCGCGCCGUGGGACACCGCCCUGCGCUCUGGGGCGAACGCGACUCUCGCCGUGGCGAGCUCUGCAGACCGGCGGGGCUCGGCCGUGCUGUGGAUCGUCUCGAGGGGCAGCUCGGCCUUUCUCAGCACAACCACGCCGGACUGGUCGCUCACCCUCUGUCUUCAGGACGAAGGCCAUUACCAGCUGCAGGUCGUGGCCUUCAAUCCCAUCAGUAACGCCUCCUUCACCACCCAGCUGCUGGUGCAGGAUGCAAUAUCUGGGCUGUCUAUUUUUUCUUCAAGCCCAAAGCACAUCAGAACUGGCACCUUAGUCACCUUAAAUGCAACCGUGGUCACCGGCACAAAUGUGACCUACAGCUGGAAGUUUGGUGCAAACUCAAGUCUUGUGAGUGACUCGGAGACCGCUGUGCAUUUGUACAGCCAGCCGGGAGUGUACAUCGUCGCCCUGAGAGCCGAGAAUCAAGUGAGCUGUGCUUUUAGCAGUGCCCUGGAAUUCACAGUUCAAGAUCCAGUCGGGGACUUUGUAGUGCAUCUACCAAGGACUGUGGCGGUAUUAGCUCAUAUACUGUAA